CGGAGCCGAGGGCGGAAGCGCCGCAGGAUCGAGGACUUUGGCAGCUGGCUGCUCCGGUGCCGCCAUGAUCAUCCCUGUGCGCUGCUUCACGUGCGGCAAGAUCGUCGGCAACAAGUGGGAGGCCUACCUGGGGCUGCUGCAGGCCGAGUACACCGAGGGGGACGCCCUGGAUGCGCUGGGCCUGAAGCGCUACUGCUGCCGCCGCAUGCUGCUGGCCCACGUGGACCUGAUCGAGAAGCUGCUCAACUACGCGCCCCUGGAGAAGUGACCCCUGCCCGGCAAGGACCCGUGGCCCUGUCGGCAUGGGUCUCCCUCUCUGGAAAGAACCAUCCAGUAAAUGUUUUUGAGGACCACAA